AAGUCACAACAUCUGCUUGUUGCAUUAAUUUUCGUUUGUGAUUGAGCAAAAAAUAUAUAACUUCCUAUUUUCAAAUCGUAUUCCGAAAUUUACAAACGGGUGUGUUAACUCGCUUUAAGCUUAACAUUAGAGUUUGGUGUAGGGGCUCACAAGCAGUUGAAUAAUGGAUACGGGGAAAAAAGUGGGGGAUUUGUUCGGGCGACUCGGUAAGGUUCCCGGCCGCGGUGUGGGGAUUGGAUUGCAGUUGUUGGUGGGAGCCGGUGGUCUGGCCUACGGAGUAUCCCAGUCCAUGUAUACAGUUGAGGGUGGUCAUCGCGCCAUCAUCUUCAGUCGACUGGGUGGUGUGCAGAACGAAGUGUACGCCGAAGGACUCCACUUCAGAAUUCCUUGGUUCCAUUAUCCGAUUAUCUAUGACAUCCGUUCCCGACCCCGGUCCAUCUCCUCCCCAACGGGAAGCAAAGAUCUUCAGAUGGUUAACAUCAGUCUCCGUGUUCUCGCCCGUCCCGAUGCCGUGGCGCUGCCGCGUAUUUAUCGCCAACUGGGCACCGAUUAUGAUGAGCGAGUUCUGCCUUCCAUCUGUAAUGAGGUCCUGAAAUCGGUGGUGGCCAAAUUCAACGCAUCCCAGCUGAUCACCCAGCGUUCUCAGGUUUCGCUAUUGGUUCGCAAGGAACUUACUGAACGAGCACGUGAUUUCAACAUAAUCCUGGACGAUGUGGCCAUUACGGAGUUGAGCUUCGGCAAAGAGUACACCGCUGCCGUUGAAUCUAAACAGGUUGCUCAACAAGAGGCACAACGGGCCCAGUUUUUGGUCGAGAAAGCCAAACAGGAGCGCCAGCAGAAGAUCGUCCAAGCGGAAGGAGAAGCUCAAGCAGCACUAUUGUUAGGAGAUGCUGUGACGAAAAAUCCAGGUUAUUUGAAGCUGAGGAAAAUCCGUGCUGCGCAAAGCAUCGCGAGAACGAUCGCACAGUCUAAUAAUCGUGCCUAUUUGGAUGCCAAUACCUUGAUGUUGAACCUUACUGAUCUGGGUUAUGAUCAAGGAGCAACAAGGGCCGGGACGAGCAAGAAAUAACUUAUUUCCGGUUGUUAUGUUGCGACACUGCAAUCGCAGGUGGUGUGGUUGUAUUUGUUUUGCUUUUACUUUUUCUUAUAUUGUAUUUGCGGGAGGCCCUAACAUGAUUGGAUUUUUAAUUACUUAAUAGUUUGGCUAAUUGACAUCUACGUGACAAAUCUUGUUGCAGAUGAUACGCGUAUUAAAAUUAAUUUUACUGG